AUGUCCGUCACAGUAGGGGAUUUCCUCUUCCAGAGACUCGCUGCCGUAGGAGUUCAACGCGUCCAUACUCGCAGUUCAAGCACCAUAUUCCUCGGAUCUAUACAACGCAGUAACCUUGAUUUUUCUGGUCAACCGUCCCUUAUUUCUCCCACCGAAACCCUAUGCUUCCUUGCGUCUUCUUCGGAUCUCCUGGCUUGCUAUAGCGACGCGGUACGCUUUUUGGGGUCCCGUCCCAUUGUAAUCAUCCACGAACUUGAUUCUGCUCAGUUUACAAGCACUACCACAUACACAUCGACCCUCGACUUUGCAGCAUCCACAAUCUUGAACAGUCCAAUGACAGCUGUAUCGCAAAUUGAUCGCAUGCUGCGCGCGCUUACUUACGCUAGCAAGCCUGUGUAUAUUGGCUUGUCGCUUGCUGUAGCCGGGCAGACAGUGAGUGUUCCGACACUGCAGAUGGGGUGGAGCGCACCGACCAGUGGGAGUAGUGGAAUGAAAGGCGACAAUGCUAGCAGCGAAGAGAUUGAAGCUGCUGAAGCUGGUCAGUGA